AUGUGGACACCAAGAAUGUUCGGACGAGGGCUGGCUAAGCAAUCCUUCAAUUCUUCUCGCGUUUCUUCAAUUCGAGAUUCGCAACUAGGGACAGUCAGAAUGAGCUCAUCGACUGCCGCCGCCGCUUCAGGAAGCGACCUAGAGGCCCAGAAAAAUUACAAAGUUGUUCAAGAUGUCGGUAACUUCGUUGAAGUGCAAUCCAAGCGCCCUGAUUUCGACCAUAUGGCACCUAUUGAAGUGACUAAAUCUCCUUAUCCCAAAUGGAAUUACGGGCAGGGAGUGCCAGACAAGGGCGCCGGUCUAGCCCAAAAACAUCACGAGAUAGAUCCUUACGCGUCUGAUCGGCCGAUGAUCAACAAUUACCGUCUGCUGGUUUCCGGCAUUGCACCUCGACCUAUUGGCUUUAUCAGUACAGUGAAUGCAAAAGGUCAGAAGAAUCUCUCGCCGUUUAGCUACUUCCAAGUCAUCGAUCAUGAUCCCCCAAUGUUCAUUGUGGGAUUCUCUUCUCGUCCAGGCCGGGUCAAGGAUACCUACCGCAACUUGAAAGAAACAGGAGAGUGCGUGAUUAAUACAGUUUCCGAAAACAUGAUCGAAGCUGUGAAUGCUAGCUCCCUAGAUGCGCCCUACGGGGUAUCAGAAUGGGAUGUUUCGGGUCUCACGGAAGCUCCUUCCACAACAGUCAAGCCGUCGCGGGUCGCGGAGUCGGUGUUUAAUAUAGAAGGCAAAGUCAUCGAUAUCAAAGAGUUCACCGAUCACCAACAACCUGGCAUGAGUCUUGCUGCCAAUGUCUUGAUCAAGGCCACUCGUUUUUGGGUAAAGGAAGGUACUGCGGAUGCAGAAUACAGUCAUAUCGGCUUGGAAAAGCUGCGACCAGUUGGUCAACUGGGUGGAGUCUCAUAUGGCAGAAUUACGUCCACUUUUGAGAGACCGCGUGGUAGAUGGUCUGAUGAAAUUCCAAAGAGCGAGGUCCUAGCCAAGUUAGAUGCUUCGUGGUCAAAUGUGAAAUAG